CGUGCUGGAUAGACUUUGGAUUUCGGCCAGUACUCCUGUUUUUCUCUAUGAUUUAUAGCUCUGUAUUGUUAUAAACCUGUAUAAGAGCUGUUUUUGACACCAGUAUAUUUUUACUUAGUGUUAUUUGUUGUGCUAGAGUAAUAAAGACAUAUAUACACUAGCUUGCAACACACAACAGUAAGUGGAGGGUUGCAUGAUGCUAGGAGUGUAAAUGAUAAUCACUAACACAGACUUGUCACACUUCCUGUUAGCUUCAUUACAAGCCAUAACAGCAAACAUGGCACCCUCUGCUUCUGCAGUAAGAAUUUCCAUAGACACCAUCAGCUCUUCCAGUGCAGGCGUGACAAUGCAGGACUGUGAGGCGUGGGCACGGGUGGAGGAUGUGCUGGAGAAGCUCGGUGCUGUGGAGGGUGAUGGGGCACUGUUGGCGGUGAGGGAUGACACACUGCUCCUCAAACUACAUUCCCACCUCCACACAUUUCUGCUGCAUGCUAAGGAAGGAGGCCAAGACUGGGGCCAACGGGUGACACUGCUACACUUUGUUCAGACUGUCCUGGACCCACUGGUGGUUGCCAAUACCAGCAACUCAGCUAGCGUGGCCUUGGCCCUACGUGUGCUGGCCUCCCUUGUCACUGUCGAGGCUGACUUCAGCAACCUGGAGGAUAGCAAGGCACUGUCCCUGUUCAUGGUGUCCCUGCCAAGUGUGCGGAGUGAACCUAGCUUGGCAUCCCCAGCCCUCUCCCUGGCAAUGGCCCUGAUGGCACACCCUGAUGGCCUUCUGUGGCUUGUCAAGAAUGGAAUCUGGGAGAAGAUGCUGCUGCCAUGCCUCCGUAGCCCCAGCAUCUUUGUACAACGUGAGGGAGUGAACGCCAUGGUUACCUUUAUGCUGAACCUGAGAGACACACAGCAUUUUGAGGGGCUGGUGAAGGAUCUGUACCUCCUCUCAGACAAGUUUUGUGAACUGCGUUCUCACAUGGACAAUGGACCAGAGGCAGAGGAGAUUCGACAGACAAACCUCAGGGUACUCAGUGUCUUCAAGCAGCUCUUCUGGCAGACACUGGGCAAGUCUGGGAUUUACACCAAGAUGCGUGACGUAGAUGACAUCAACAUUCGUAUCCUGGCCAUCCUGCAGAACAAAGUCUCGGACAGCUCUGUCAGCAGUUGCACCGACUUACUCAUACUGAACCUGCUGCAUAAGUUCUAUGAGAAGCUGAUGAACUACGGCAUCCUGGAACAGUUUCUUCUGGACUCACUGUGUGCUGACGUGAUAACUCUCUCUCGUUUGUUGCUGGAACGGGGCUACAUUGAAUCAUUCGUCAGGUCAUCUGCAAAUGUGCAUAAAUACUGGGAUGUGAUGAUGAAGAGAAUGAAGGAAGAACACAAAAUUGACCUCACAUCUGUAGAAGCCUUGCUGCAUAUUAUUACUGCUUUUGAGGUGACCUGCCUGGUGGCCCUGUAUCAGUCCUGCCUGGGGAAGAUGAUGGAGGCAUGGCCAGAGAAGUUGAAGAUAAUGGCAAAAUGGAGAGAUGAAGUGCAAAACCGCAUCAGUACAAAGGAGGAAAUUAAGGCUGAGGCAGGCAAACUGGAAAGGCAGAUGGUGGCAUCCUUCUGUAAGGACACACAGAAGACAGUCCAAACAGCUGUCACCUGCAUCACUGCCAUCACUGCUGUGGCUGAUCACCUUAAUCCUGCGUGUGCUGUGACGAUCUUCCAGGGGCUGACUUUCAUGCUGUGCUCCCAGGUGUGCCCCUCCUCCCCCAUCAGGCACCACGUGGGGCUCCAGCGCACGGUGAUUGAUGGCGUCAGGAAACUGGUGGAAAGGUUCAACAUUGACUGGAGGAAGUGCUAUGCCUCUGUCUGCCUGAUGGGGAAGCUGUGUGACAUGGCUCAGAUCCCUGGCCUCUCUUCCCAGGUAAAGGUGUCUGCCCUGAAGGCCAUGAAUUCCUGCAUUAAUGGCUUCAUUCCACCAGUGAUGUCCAUGUUGGUGAACAGCGGCAACUUGGAGCACAACAGUGUGGAGCAGAUGGGCCAGGUGUUGGCUGUGUACCUGGCUGAUGUGAAGUGGGAGGUGCGGGACUCAGCCCUUGAGGUGCUCAUUACUUGCAUGAAACUGGCAAAGGAGAAGUACCCUCACUUUGUCAACUGGCUGGGGCGUCACCACCUCAACACUGCCGUCAUCACUGCCAUUGGGGAUGUUGAGGGUUACGUCAGAGCCAGUGCUUUCACUGUCCUUGCCAACAUCAUCUCCAUUGACAAGGAUUGGUGGUCUCCCAAAUGCAGCAAUCUCCCAGCCAAAAAAAACAGCUCACAGAAUAACAGACUUGAGAAUGGCCAGUGUCCAAACAAUAGAAGGGCAUGGUCAGAGCUGGAGCUGGAGGAGGAGAACCUGCCCCACCGCGCCCUGUCUGCUGUGCUGAAUGAGGGCGAGGCAGCCGCCAGGAAGGCUGCCCUCACCCUAGUGCAAGAACUCUUCUUAGCUGGCAAGUUCAGUGAGGAGGAGGUUGACAGCCUAGUGGUGCAAGCCGUGCAGCACUGUGCUGAGGACCCGGACAACGAGGUGCGGCUGGCGGCACUUGAGUUCAUACGUACACAUCUGUUGUGGUCACUCGGCAAGAAUGGGAUGGUGGAUGGAGAGUUUCCCUCCAUCACGUUUAGCCGAGGCAAGAUCAUCAAGCUGGACACAGAGGAGGUGAAGAGCAGAGUGGUCAAAGUACUUAAUUGGGUAUGUGAGUGUGGGUACCUGUGUGUGCUGCUGGCAAGUCGGCGUGACCUGGUGGCCUCAGUGGCAUCAAGGGCAAGGGAGGUGUUCUGCUUCCUCAGUGACUUGGUGACACGAUACCAAAUAACACAGGAAGAUGAUGAUGAUGGUGGUGGGAAGAGGAGCAGGGUUGGGGCAGGAACAGCCAAAGACAGUGGGCAGCAGAACUCCUCCCCUUCCAGGCCAGGCACUAAGGAGCCAUUGAAGGAGGAGACAGUACUUGGCCAUCUGGACCAGAUAGACAAGACCAUUCAGGAAAUACUGAAUUCCUCCACUCUUGAAAAUGUGUCCACAAUCAAGCGAUUCCCACAACCUGAUACAACUUCUCCUGUGCCUCCAAAAAAGUUGGUUCUUACCCCUAAGGACAUGCCCCAAGCCUGCCCUUCUCUGCCUCUUACUUCACUCCUGCAGGCUUUCACAGCACUCUGUCAGCCACACUGUUGUGGUGAUGAUGAGAAGAACCAGGUAACAGAAAUGAUCUCACUCCUUGAAGAUAUACUCUUGGACGGUGAACGGCAGCAGAGACACCUGGAUGACCAGGGGCUGAGGGAUUGCUACUGAGCUUCAACUACUCUCUCUCUUCCUUAGUUCCAUAAAGUCUUCCUCACCUUACUGCCUCUAUCCUAUACUUUCCAUCUACAUCGUCUCACCCUCCAGUUGUUAUUUCUAUUUUCUCCUCUGGUUUAUCUUCCCACUCGGUUUCAUUUUCCUCCCUACUCUCUUACAGCAUUCUAUCUUCAGACUCCCACCAAGUAGCCAAGACUGUUCCCAAGACCCAUAGAACAGGUAAAGGUAGUUACAAGGAAGAAGGGGUAGCACCUGUCCAUGGGCUUGAUUAUCUUGUUAAGGUCUUCAUGUGGUUGCUGGGAUCAUUUUAACUCGUGUAGAUGAUUAUGGACUGAAUGAAGAUUGAUGGUUUGGUGCUGUAGUGCAAUGCAAGUUGUGGCUGUGAAGGUUAGCUUCAUUCCUGUUGAAGUUGAAUAUUCUUGCUUUAUUUGAUUUGCUAUGGACAGGAGCAAUUGAGGCCAGUGAUUGUUUCACUAGCUUGAAUAUCAGCAAUUACUAAUUUGCAAUCUAAUCUAAUCUUGUGAUCUAAUGACUGUCACUCUCAGCUCACAGCUAAGAGUUCCAGAGUUCAAAUCCCCAGCCAGGCAGACAACUGAGUCUGCUCGUCUUUCAUCUUUAGUCACUGGUCAUGUAUUUGAAAUUAAGUGUGGAUGUGAAUUUAAGGGUCAUGCCCUUGCUGUCCAGCAGGACCACAUCAGUAAACCUGCCUUCUCAUGAGAAUGUGUUGUACCUUGCCAUAGGAUACCAGAAAUGGUCUGUAGCAUGCAAAGGCAAAAAUGUAAACAAGGCUGAUAUCCCAUUCCAAGGAGGUAUAGCCAAGACAAGACUUCUGCAUACACAGAUUUGCAUGCACUUCUUUACAUCUUUGUGUCUGGCCCUCAGAAGAAAGAAAUUGUUCAGUGGAUUACACUGUGCAAAGGUCAGUUUAUCCAGUGAAAGUAAAUAUUGUCAGUAAAUCUGAAAAGAAAAUCCAUUUAUCUGGCUGCACACCAGAUUAACGUCACUGUGCAGAGAGGGAGUUGAAGCAGGACACCCACAUGCAACAUUUAUACAUGUUCGUAAGCAUCUUAGCCAUUAAGUUAAGUAAAUAAUAAACAUUAUGGGCAUUUGGCAUAGGUCAAGUUAAAAAUUAAUCAUGCACUCUGAGUGAAAGAGAGCAAGAAAAUGCAUAGCAUGUUUGCAGCCUGAACAAGCUGAUUAAUAAUGCUUAGCUUAUGCCUUGAGUUGAUUAUAAUGAUAGUUAUACUGAGCUGCCCUGAGUUGAUUAUAAUGAUAGUAAGUAGGAGUUCAUUAGAAUGAGUUAAUAAUUUUGGGCUAAUGGAGAAGGGUGGAAGAACACGUAGGAGUAGAGAUGUGGACUGACUAGAGAGAGUGAUGGAAUAGAGGAUGUGGACUGGCAACAGAGAAUGAUGCCACAUUGAUAAAAUGUGCCAACGCAAAGCUCAUGAUAACUUUGGCUCCUGGACUUGUCUGUUUGGGUCACAUUAUUAGUUUUAGUUGUUUUGAUUUCCAGCUGACUCUUGCUGGUUUGCAAAGGAACCUGUGCCAAGUGCCUGAGGUCAGUAUGAAGCAUCACUGCCUUCGUCCUUUUGAUCUGUGAUAGCCAAAUUGUAUCAUUAAUCCUGAUGAGAAAGACAAAGUGCAUCUUGCAUAUAUUUGCUGCUUCUAGUUUUAUAAGUCUUGUGUGUUUGACCAGUGGGCUUGGCUUUUUGUUUUUGUAAGUUAAAGGUGAAUGUUUAAUGUGUGUGUCAUUGUUCACCUCUGUGAUUAUAUAUACAAAGGUAUUUUGGUACAUUGAUUUUUUUAAACUUUUUAAAAUCUUAAGGUAAGAUAAUUUCAUAAUACACUAAACCCCACCUGAGUUGGAGCUAAAUAUCUUGGAUGUCGGAUAAGUCGCACACAAGAUAUACGGGGGAAUUUGGACACACACACACCCAGAUAGACACCUGUACCUCGGAUUAUUUUCUGAGAUAUAUGGGGAAAAUUGGACACUUACAUAGACAUCAGAUAUGUACCUAAUAUACUAUUCUACUGUAGAGCAGCACAUCUUAUGUUAUCCUGAGUUAUCCAAAUGAAGGAAUAUGAGAAAAUAACCACUGAAUGAAAUAACCUUUGGUUUCAACACAAUUACAAGAACAGAGGAAACUGGAGAGGUGCACAGUGCCAUUGAAAGAGGUGAGUGUGGGGGAUGAUGUGAUGCAGUUGAUGCUGCCAGUGCUUAAGAAAUUUUUCUCAAGAUGCACACCAGAAAAAGAUGGAUACAUAUUUAAAUAUUAAAUACUAAAUACAUAGGUAAUUUAAAUAUAAAGUAUUAAUUUUUUCCCUAUACCACGUAUAAUAUGUAACCACCCAGUGUUUACAAUAUUAUGUGCACAGGAAACUGCCCACUCUGUACAACCUUUGUCCUGCUGUCACACACAACUGGUGUUCCUGCCCGAUUCCUGCGUGUGCUGGUCUUCACAAUGGCUUCUAAGGCUAUAUCUAAUUCUCCCCAAAUAAUUGGAUUUUUGGAUAUCUCAGAUUGAUGUUCCCUCCAACUAAUCUGACAUAAGUGGGGUUUACUGUAUAAUGAAUUCCUAUUAUCAACUGUAAUAGUUUUAUAUUCACAAGAAUAUAUUGAUAUAUCUGAGAGAAA